AUGCAACGUGCUCGAAAGUUUGCAACACAAAUUUAUGAUGAUUUUCAAACCCAUAAUAAAGAAUAUUACAACAAAUUAGAUAAAUUUAUUUUAGAGUCAUUUCAAUAUUUGGUUGAUACAAAAUUUUAUUUAGUUGAAUUUAAUAAUCACAAUAAGGAAAAUCAACAACAAUAUAUAAUGUCCUUUGUACAAACAAUAGAUCAAAAUUUAAUAUUUCGUGAGGCUUAUAGAAGUUUAGCAGCAUUAGAACAUGAUUUAUCGCAAGAAUAUAUUAUAUAUAAUACAAAGGUUCAAAUUGAUAAUGAAAUGCAAAACCUAAUUCCAAUUAAGUUGGUUGAUAUAAAAACAAAAUUUGGAGCUGAUUUAAACGAACAAUCUGAUAUAAAUGAUCCUGAAAUAAUAGAACAAGUAAUUAGCGCAAUUAGGAAAGGCGGGUAUCGCAGCAUUAAAGAUAUUUUAAAUUACAUAGUUUCCUUUUUAGUUAAUCGAAAUGUUCUAAAUCCAAAAGAUCCAUGUAUUAAUAUUCGGAUAUCAGGAGAUGGAAGGAAUGUUGGACGGAAAGUCCAGCAUGUAAUGGUAACCUGCGCAAUUCUUGAUGAUCGAAAGAACUUUUAUCUUCCUGAUUAUCAUUAUGUUGUAGUAUUAUAUCCUGGAAGUGAAGAUUAUAAUUCUUUGAAAAAUGCAAUGACACUAUUUUUGGAAGAGUUACGUGAAUUAAAAUAA